AUGAACGAUGUCGAAUCAAUGAUUGAGUGGUUCAUGGAAAUGGACACCAANACCAACGCUGAUGAAACUGUGGACUAUAAUGAAUUGACCGCAUAUUACAGGAAAAAGGGUGUUUCUGAUGAUCGCAUCAAGCAAUGGAUGAAUCAUUUUGAUGCUGAUAAGGAUGGAAAAAUCACCUUGAUGGAAUUUUGUCGAGGACUGGGUCUUCGAAUUGAUGAAGUUCGUGUGGAGCAAAAAGAACGAGAGGUACAACGAGCAGGAAAAGCCCCGGUUCUGGGUAAGGACAUCGAGAUGAUCGCGACCACAAUGGCUCAACCGCGUCAGGUUGAAGUGACCGAAAAAUUCAAGAAAUUGGUCGAAUCGCACCAAAACAAAGACGAGGAGAUGAAAGAAGUGGCUCAAGAGAUGAAGAACUUUUUGGAUGAAUCCUACGGUCGAGUGUGGCAGUGUGUUGUUCUCACUGGCUCUUAUUGGAUGCAUUUCUCACACGAGCCAUUCCUAUCUAUUCAAUUCCGAUAUGGGCGCUACAUCUGCUUGGCAUGGCGAACCCCACGGGGUUAG